AUGGAACAGGAAGUAGAAGUGGCAUCCUCAUUUUGCCAAACAAAAUCUGACGAAAUUGAUAGCAUGUGGGACGAUGAUGCAAACUCCAAUUUUGUAUCCAAUCCAGCAAGUGGCGGAACUAGAAAAUUGAUUGUGCAGGGAGCCAUUAAACAAGUGUUUUCAAAAAUUUUUAAAUUCUUUAAGAGGUCGAGAAGAACUACAAGAAACGGACUGGCGAAGGGUGAGUUCAGCAUUGCAUCUAUCAAGGUCGCCACACACAACUUUUCUGAGGAAAAUAUGAUCGGACAAGGGGGAUUUGGACCUGUUUAUAAGGGAAAAUUGGUGACCGGACAAGAAGUAGCUGUGAAAAGCCUUUCAUCAUCUUCACUUCAAGGAGAUAAGGAGUUUAAGAAUGAACUGAGACUCAUGCAGAAACUCCAACAUAGAAACAUUAUUCAGAUAUUAGGAUUUUGCAUUCAUGGUGGCGGAAGAUUUAUAAUAUACGAUGACUUGCUACUAGAUUGGAAUAAGCGUUUCAACAUAAUUGAAGGAAUUGCUCAAGGAUUGGUCUACUUGCACAAAUACUCCAGAUUGAGAGUAAUUCAUAGAGAUAUAAAAGCCAGUAAUGUUCUACUGGAUGCACAAAUGAAUCCCAAAAUUGCUGAUUUUGGUUUAGCAAAAAUUUUUGCAGAUGAUGAAGAGACAGUAAAAAUUACGGGAAUUUGUGGGACAAUCGGUUACAUGCCUCCCGAGUACCUCAUAACAGGCAUCCUUUCCAUGAAAACCGAUGUCUACAGUUAUGGAGUGUUAAUGCUUGAAAUCAUAAGUGGUAACAAAAAUUUCAAUGCUGACGGCAAUUAUUUGGUAAAAGAUGCACGGCAGUUAUGGCAAAAAGGUGCAGGGCUACAACUAGUGGAUCCAAAACUGGAAGUUUCUCGUAUUAACAAACAUCAACUGUUAAGAUGCAUCCAUGUUGGUCUCCUGUGCACGGAAGAAAAUGAAGAUGACCGGCCCAGCAUGUCAGAUGCGAUAUCUAUGUUGAAAAAUGAAGUGCCUUUGCCUGAACCAACAAUGCUAGCAUUUUCUAGAUACAGUAAUCUGACUACUGCUAGUAUAGAUAGAAACGGAACGGAAACUAUGUCCAUAAAUGGUUCAUCAAUACUUGGCCAAAAUAUUAGCUUACCAAUAAACAGUAUGACGAAUUCCGACUUUAGUGGAUGUUAA